AUUUUGUGGUGUCGUAGGUGUGUUGAAUAAUCCUUCAUCAAUUUUCGGCUAUUUUACAUGGAAGUAUUACUUUUUGUUGUGAUUCAAAAGUUAUCCGAAAUUUAAUACUUACAAAAAGUUGAUUUUAAAAAGAUUUAUUCGAUAAUAUGGAUGCCGGCGUAGAGUUAAAUAUAGAUAAUAGUUACAGAACUGUUUGUAGUACGUGUUUGAGUGGUGACCGUAAUUUAUUUCUACUUAAUGCUGUUCCACAAAUUUAUCACGUAUUUCGUUUACUUAUGUACGAUUUUGCCGGUGAUCGCUUUGGUGAAACAAUAGACAUGGAGAUUCUUGUGUGCUGGGAAUGCCUGGCCCUCCUCAAAAAGUUUUGUCGGUUUAAACGGCAGGUGCACAGUGCGCAGGAACACUUGAGGGUAUUAGCAUUGAGUCGGGCUCAAGAGACGGUAGACCACACAUACAUGUCUCAAUCACUGUCAUGCCUCGAGGUGGCCUCUAAAGCAGACUAUGAUAAGAUAUACUUUGACUAUACAGCCCCUGAACAGGAAUGGACUUCACAAUACAUAAGCAUCCAUCCCACAACAGCUCAUGAUGUGAAGAAUGAGCAGUAUGAUGUCGCACAUGCUGUAAUAAGAGAUAAUGUGCAGCUAGAUAUUGAUGAUCAACAUAUUUUGGAAGGAUUUCACAGUUUUGGUGUCUUGCUUUUCAGAGAGCAGGCUAAAGAAAAGGUGCAGUACGCAAGUUCUGUGUACAAAUGCGAAUUAUGUAUAAUAGGGUUCUAUACACAGCAACAAGUCGAGGACCACUUUAUCUCUGCUCAUAGAGCCAGACCAGGUCUUCAAGCUUGCAAAGUAUGUUACGUAUACAUAGAGGAAUCUAAAUUGUCUAUGCAUAUUGACGAACACUACUUCAGAUACAUAUGCAAGUACUGUGGACAUACCGACUAUAGUAACAAAUUAAUCACAAUGCACGUUAAGUCACACUUGAACAAGGCGAUACCAAGUGCCGUGAUCAAGUUUGGUGAUGUUGGAUCCACUGGCGUCAUAAGGGGUCGCAAGAAAAAAGACAAAUCAACAACGCAGCCACCGAAGCCGGGUGAUCUUCGCAAGCUGUUGUCCAAGACUACUAUUGAGGGCUAUCAAUGUCUUGAAUGUGAUAUGUUUUUCAAAAAUUCACGAGCACGUAAAAACCACGUGGCAAGGUUCCACAGGGAAGGCCUUCAGUGUGACCAUUGUAAAAAAAGAUUUGUCAACCGGACUACACUCGCCACACAUCUUAGGUUACACGAAGGCCCGUUGCCACGGUCCGAAUGCCCAAUAUGCCACAAAAUGGUGCGCGUGAGUCAAUUAAAGUACCAUAUACAAAGGCAUCAGAAUAAGGAACAACACGUGUGUACCGAUUGCAACAAGGUAUUCUCUCACUUAGCGACGUAUCAAGCACACUUGAAAUAUUCCAGGGCGCAUGCUUCCGACCAAGUGUUCAAAUAUCCCUGUCCGAUGUGCAACAAAGGUUACCCGACUAAAGAGCAAAUGCAAGACCACUUCAACUACCAGCACUUGGGGAAGACAUCACACAAGUGUCCCGUAUGCGAAAAGCCAAUAGCGUCUCGCGCCAACGUGGAGAAGCACAUGAUGAGAGUGCACCGUGAGAAGAAGGAAAAACCUCGUAACCAUCGUUGCCAACAAUGUGGAAAAGCCUUCACUGACAGGAAAGCCCUGACACAGCACGAAGUCAUCCACUCCGGAGAACGCCCUCUACAGUGCGACAUAUGCCAACAAACAUUCAAACAAAAAGCGUCCUUAUACACACAUAGAAAGAGGGUACAUAAGGUUUUCCCAACAAAGAGAGUCGUUGAGUUUAUGGAUACCAAGCCGGAUGGAUCGUAGAAGAGGAACGAGUGGGUGGUCACCGGGACCCCUCCCGCUUUCUAAAUAUGCCUUAAAAGUAAUUGAAUUCCUAGAUAGUGAUUUGCUUGAAUUGGAAAGAAGAAAAUUAGGUCAUAGUGACAUCCAACGGCCGGCGACUUUUAAACAACUUCAAAAACGGAGGUUAUCAAUUCGACUGUAUUUUCUUUAACGAUUUUGAUUAUUCUUU